UUCAGAGCUCUUGUCUGUCCCUUUCUACCCCAGUUCCUCAACUCUGUUCCUGUGCUCAAGGCCUUCAGUUACAGACCCCCACCCUCUCUUGUGCCCUAAAGAGAGAAUGUUCCAGACUAAAGCUGGGAUCCUGAGAGCCUUCUCCUUGGCUUUCCUAGUGAGUGUGCAGGGAGCUGAUGCCAUCAAGGCGGACCAUGUAUCAAUUUAUGCCAUAUUUGCACAGACAAAUAGACCAACCGGGGAGUUUAUGUUUGAGCUUGAUGAGGAUGAGCAGUUCUAUGUGGAUCGGGACAAGAAGGAGACGAUCUGGCGUCUGCCGGAGUUUGGCCGAGCCUUUUCCUUUGAUGCUCAAGGCGGGCUGACUAACAUGGCUAUAAUAAAAUCAAACUUGGACAUUCUGAUCCAGCGUUCUAACCAUACCCAGGCACGCAGCGAGCCUCCUGAGGUGACCGUGUUUACCAAGGAGCCAGUGGAGCUGGGCCAGCCCAACAUCCUCAUCUGCUACGUGGACAAGUUCUUCCCGCCCAUGCUCAAUGUCACCUGGCUGCGCAAUGGGCAGCCGGUCACCGAAGGCUUUUCAGAGGGCGUCUUCCAGCCGAAUACUGAUUACACUUACCGCAAGUUUUACUACCUGCCCUUCCUUCCCUCAAGUGAGGACUUCUAUGACUGCAAGGUGGAGCACUGGGGGCUGGAGAAGCCCACACUCACACACUGGGAGGCCCAGGAGCCGGUGCAGGUGACUGAGAUGACAGAGAACGUGGUCUGCGCCCUGGGCCUGGUGGUUGGCCUGGUGGGCAUCAUCGUGGGCACUGUCUUCAUCAUAGGGGCUCUGCGCUCCUCCACGCACAACCCCAGAAACCAGGGGCUCCUGUGAGAGCUUCCUGAAAAGAAGACUUGAGAGAUCUGGAUUCAAACAGCGCUGUAACUCCAGCCUCAGCUUCCCCUCUUAAUCCCUAUGCUCUCUGCCCCAUUGACUGACCAAGUUUAAUGCAGACCCUUAAAGCUUUAUUUGUGAUCUUAAAGCCUAGAGCCUUUAGUAAAGUCCCCAGUCAGCAGAUGGAGGUAAUGAAUUCAUCCUGGCAGUUUUGUUGCCCUGGCUUGGAGAUGGUCCCUUUGCUGGAUUUCUCUUCCUCUUCACUGUUUUCCCCCAAAUGCCCUGUGAUCAAUAAAUUUUGCUAUAUGUCAGA